GGUGUGGACACUGUAAGAAAAUGAAGCCAGAGUUUGAGAAUGCAGCAGAAGUCCUCCACGGAGAAGGAGAGAGCUCUGGUGUCCUUGCAGCUGUCGAUGCCACCGUCAACAAGGCCCUGGCAGAACGAUUCCACAUCUCCGAGUUUCCUACACUCAAAUAUUUUAAGAAUGGAGAGAAGUAUGCAGUGCCUGCGCUCAGAACAAAGAAGAGCUUCAUUGAGUGGAUGCGAAACCCCGAGUCUCCCCCACCCCCAGACCCUGCCUGGGAAGAGCAGCAGACCAGCGUAUUGCAUCUGGCUGGGGACAACUUCCGGGAGACUCUGAAGCGGAAGAAGCAUGCCUUGGUCAUGUUCUACGCCCCAUGGUGCCCGCACUGUAAGAAGGUCAUUCCACACUUUACUGCCACUGCUGAUGCCUUCAAAGAUGACCGAAAGAUUGCCUGUGUCGCUAUUGACUGCGUCAAAGAGAAGAACAAGGACUUGUGUCAGCAGGAGGCAGUCAAGGGCUACCCCACUUUCCACUACUACAACUACGGGAAGUUUGUGGAGAAGUAUGACACCAAUCCGACGGUGAGUCGUGGGGUGGCACUGCCUGGAGCUCUGUCUGCUGAGGGGCAGGGAAACAGCCACUGAGGGGGCUUCCCAGGU